CCCCCCCACACACCAUGGACUCAUGGAAAUGUCCUUAUGCUAGGCCCAAUUUGGCCCAAAUCAAACCGAAUCAGAAAUCCGACAUUGUUCUCCUUCUCUCUUUCUCACAGUUGCUCCAUAGCCAUCACCUCUUAACAAAUUUUGCUUCAUUCAUAAUCUUCACCAUAUCAACUACCUCUUUUACACUUCCCCUCAACCCCCCAAGAAAAAAAUAUUGAAUCUUUUUUCCCCUCUUUCAAGAAGAUCCAAAAAAAAAAUUUAAAAAUUCCACCAUUUCUUGAAAUCCCAAUCUCUAAGUCAAAAUUUUCAAUUUUUCAUAUUCCACACCUUAAUGGGUGUGAUUUAAGAUCAAGAAAUCAUGUUGGGUGCUGUCCAAUUAGGACUAUUUGCAGCAGGUGUUGUUCUUUUUGUCCCUAUGGGUAUGGCAGGUUGGCAUUUGAGCCGUAACAAGAUGCUUUUUUUCAGCUGUGCCCUUUUCAUAACUCUUGCUGUUGGUGUUCAUCUUGUUCCAUAUUUCCCUUCUGUUACUUCUUUCCUUGGUUCAGCUGUGCCCUUUUCAUCAUCUUUUAUUGUAAGUCGUGAUUCUUGUUUUUCCUUACUUCAUGAAAUAGCAUUUGAUUUUCAAGAAUUGAGUAAUAAUAGUAAAAGAGGUUCUUGGAAAUGGGUUGAUUCUGAAAAUGUUGUAGAUUGUGAUUUCCAGAAGUUGACUAAGAAUGAUGCUUCAGAUUUGUUAAAUGGGUCAUGGGUUGUUGUUGCUGGGGAUUCACAAGCAAGGUUAAUGGUGGUUUCUCUUUUGGAGUUGUUAUUGGGGGAAAAUGAGAUGGAGGUGAUAAAGGGUGAUCUUUUCUUGAGGCAUAGUGAUUAUAACAUAUUUGUUGAUAAGAUUGGGAUGAAGCUGGACUUUAUGUGGGCACCUUAUGUGUGUAAUUUGACUGAUUUGAUGAUGGGGUUUAAAGAAAAUAAGAGUUAUCCUGAUGUAUUUGUGAUGGGGGCAGGGUUGUGGGAUAUGUUACACGUAAAUAAUGUGUCGGAAUAUGGUGUUUCAUUAAAGUCUUUGAAGUAUUCACUAGUGUUGUUGUUACCGAUUUCUUCAUCGUUUGCUAACAGUGAUGGUUCUGGGACGAAUGUGGUUCCAAUUCGGUCGCCUAACUUGUUUUGGUUGGGGAUGCCUAAGUUGAUAAGCUCAAUGUUGAAUACAGAGGAGAAGAGGGAAAAGAUGACUGAUGUAAUGUGGCAAGCUUAUAAUGACGAACUUUACAGAAGUAAGCUGCUACAACAAUCUGGUGGCCCGCUGUUUUUGCUGGACGUCCAUUCGUUGAGUAAUAACUGCGGAGCUCAUUGCACGUCCGAUGGAAUGCAUUAUGAGGGGGCUGUCUACGAAGCUUCUGUACAUAUCAUGUUAAAUGGGUUGCUUAUAGAAUCUAACCAGAAGCUAUGAUGGAGCAAUUAUGGUUUUCUAUCGACUGAGUAACGCUGCAACACCCUUCCGCAAUGGUAAAGGGCAAUAGAAUUACUUUGGCAAUUGCUAGAGCUCUCAUACUUCAAUAACGUCGGUGAAUAUAUUUUUUCAAAGUCUUCAUUUGGCAACUGAUAUUUCUAUAGAAAGAAUUCUUUGAUGGUAGUUCAUAUUCUUUUUCCCCUUGUUCAUUUGUAUGAUUACUGAUACUUACACGAGUUGUAUUCUAGAGCAGGAGAAACUCCUCAUAUCUCAUAUCCGAUUUUGAUGUUGAUCAUGUAGACAUAUGUAGAACAAUCAACGUUUCGGAAAUAUGUACAAUAUUUUGAAUAUCCAAUUAAAUGAUUGCACCUCUA